AUGGACCCAAACGCCAGCACAGAGGGUGAAGCAGUCAUCAGCACCGAGGGUGAAGGAAUCAGUCAUGAAGCACCAUCAAGACAAGACUCGCAGGAUGUACUGGACAAUUCAUUCUUCUUUGACCCACGUAUUCAAGAGCUUAAUGAGACAUUUCAGGGAUUUUUACUAGACAUGUUACAAUUUAGCUACACCCACUCCUUCCCACCACACAUAUUUUCGUCACCACUCAUUCCAGAAACGCAUGAUAUCGAUACAGCGGGUCUGCUUAAUAGAUUAGCAUCGCUCAUAUCUCGUGAGAUGGAAGACAUGGCCUUAUCACCACCUGAUGAAUCACCAGUCCCAAAAGAAUCCCCCGAACAAGUACACUUCUCGAUGCUAAUGUCACAAAUCAGCGCCGUGAUACACUCGCCGGCUAUAGUAUCAACAGAUCAGCGUAGAGCUAUUGAACGACAAGUUGAAAUGUCGGUUGUUGAAUGGCUGAAAAGGGCGUUUGGGAUCUAUACUGUUAAAUAUGUGCUUUUCCAAGGUGGACUAUACCCAUCAGCCAAUCCACUAGAUUUCCCACUCGUGCCUGUAUUACGAUGUGCUCUACAGAAAUCAUCGGGAGUCGCGUCGUCGACAUUAUCGAUACCCGUUAUAUACAUAUCAGCCGAUACAGCAGCAGACGAUUUUGAAGCUACAGUUUCAGUGUGCUGGCCUGUUGUAGGAAGCUUCUAUGGAAUCCAGAAUGUGCUGGUACGAAGAAUAUCAUGUUUACGGCAUAGUGAGAUUAUGGAUGUAGGCGAUCUGGAAAGGGCGGUCAAUGCUGAUGUGGCUGCUGGUAAACGGCCUUGUUUGGUGGUUGGGAAGGCUGGGUCGCCUAUAAUGGGUCAAGUGGAUGAUUUGAAGGCUCUGAGAGAGAUAUGUGAUCAGUUUGGCAUGUGGCUCCACGUCACUGGGCCUGCUUCUUGCCUUUUGAUCACAUCAGAAUCAAAUAUAGUUGAAGGUCUACCGCCAAUGGAAUCUCCAGUACUGAAUGUGCUCAAGUUUGCCCUUGCUGCCGAUUCUUUGGAAACUCAUCCGGGUUCAUUGUUGUCUAUCUCAGCACUUCCUGGAUUUACAUUCUUCUUUACCGUUGAUCCUCGCGAUAAAGACCCAAUGCGAGCUCUGAGCACUCUCGUUUCAACUGGUCAUGUCCCACUCAUCCCUCCACAGCUUACAACAAAUCUAGCUCGACCAGUCAGUACACCACUCGAUGUAAUAGUGUCAGGCCCCGGUAGACUCUCUAUAACACCUCAAGCUCGAAAAGGUCGCCGAGGAUCAGUAGAAAAGGGCUGGAAACAUCCUGCUGAGCUCUUGACUGUACUGCCUAUAUGGGUGAUCGCACAAACAGUUGGAGCCAGUAUGAUAGAAAGGACAUUGAGAAAAGCACAUCAGCUCGUAAAUAGCAUGUCGGAUUUUAUUGGAAAGGAGGAUACGUUGUUGUGUGUGAAUCCUCAGGAAGCUACUGCAUUGACUUGUAUUGUGCGGUUUCAUCCUACGUUGAAUCGAAAUUAUUUCGAGGCAAAUUUAGAUGUUAUGCUGUCGUUAAAUAAUGAGCGAGUUUUGUCGUCGCCUACUCGUGGUGAAGACAUAUCUAUGGAAGAACGAGUCGGAUAUUUCGCUCAUGUUGGGGAUGGAGACAUGGGAACGAAAUACAUAUUCUCUCUAUUUUCGGAUGACAUGAGACAUCACCUUUGCUUAGAUCUCAUAUCCGUAUCCGGUUUACUUUGUAUUCGAUACCGACCAUUAAGUGCAGAUGCAUCUCCUCAAUCACAAGAAGACCAAGCACUCAACUUUACAUCUCAACUCGCACACGAAGCAGAGAAGGUGGAUUCCGCCUUGAAAUACAAUCAUAUAUUUGAACAUGUAGUCAGCAAGCACAGUCCUACACUACGGUAUUUGAAGAGUUGGGCUGUUGGAGCUGUUGCCGAUUCAGUAGUAUUGCCACGAGGAUCUAUUGUGAGAGCAUCGAAUGGUGGUUCGUCGUUGACUGGCAGUACUGUUGAUUCAAUUGGAGGGCCGAGAACUCCACGAGUUGUUGUUGAUGCUGGGUCUGAUGAAGAGACUAUAUGGGUUGGUUUGGGGGCCAUUAGAUAUACACCAAUGUAUGUCGAACUUGAUAAGCCCAGUCUCUCAAAUACUGUGUUGCGAGACUUGGACUAUCUGAAUGGUCGAAUUGCUGAUGAGCUAGCCAAGCAAUAUGGAUCAUUGUUCUCUCGUGGCCAAGCAGCAGCUGGGAUUCUGUCUGAAGGCGGUGCUGGGAUUUGUAUACGUGUUGGUCUGGACGAAGUACCUUUUACAGAAGACUUGAUUGAACAUUGUGUUGAGAUUGUGCUCAAGAAGGGUAUGGAAUUGGAGAGAGAUCCUGCUUAUAUGGAAGAUAUAGCCAAUGUGAUCAGGGAUGGCAUAGCUCAAGCAGAACGAGAGCUUCGGAGUGAAGCUGAUGGUGAAAGCAUACUACGAUCGAUCCCAAUCGUCGGAAGUCUCGUGUCGUACAUUGCUCCAGAGCCAUUGAAAAUCAAGUCGAGAGUCAAGGCAUUUACAAUCUCAUCAGGAUUUUCUACCGCUCCACUUCAAUCACCAGAUGGACCAACUCGUCGAACGAGUAAUGGUGAAGCUCUGAAUCCUCGCACUUCGACUACAAGUGCUAGUGAUCCAUCGACAUAG